ACUUCCGGGUGUCGUCGUGCGGAGGAGAGGCGUCGUAGUGGGUGCAGCAGCAGCAGCAGCAUCCUCCUCAGAUACAAAGAAGAAGACGGCGACAAUGGCCGAUUUAUCUCUGUAUCUCACCAACGUCAAUGUGUCGAUAGGACAGACCAUGGAUGUGGAGCAGGUCAGUAAACAAUUGUACAUAUUUAUUUAUUAUUUUAAUGAAGUCCGUGUUUGUAGCUGAACUGUCACUCUCCACUUGUGUCAUGUCGGUUCAUAAUAAAACCAAAUAAUUGUACACAGACUGCAGUUAUAACCCAUUCUAACACACCCUGUUGUGUCCUGAAACACCCAGAGCCCAAACCCUGUGAAGGACUUUGAGAGUGUGGAGCUGGGAGAGCUGAACCAGAGAGAGGGGAAGAAGAAGCAGCAGAGGGAGAAGGUCCCCCGCAGGAUUAUCCAUUUCUCCAGCGGGGAGACCAUGGAGGAGUACAGCACUGAUGAAGAGGAGGGAGAGGACCAGGAACCGGAGAGGAAAGACCUGCUGUCCUCCCCGGUCGAUGCGGUGAGGGUGAGGACAGGGGAGGAGGGAUUGAGGCUGUGAGAAGCCAAAUGAGGACAAGAUAAGAGGGAGAGAGUGUAUGAGUUGAUUCAGAUGAAAACCUCCCUCCCUCCUGACUGUGUUUGUGUUUUUGUGUUUGUAUUACAGUCCAAGUUGACCUGGGGUCCGUACUUCUGGUUUCACAUGUGGAGAGCGGCCACAUCCACCAUCUCAGGUUUGUUCAAGACUUCACACCUUGAUAGAUGUUGCAAUUAAAGGGCUCUACGCUGUUUUAUUCAACAUAUUAAUAUAAGCUCGAAAAGUGAAACUGUGCCAUGUGUCAACUUUGUGUUGACACACGGCACACAGCAGUUUGGGAGGCCAGAUCGAGAACCUGGCUGCAGACACAGUAGACCUUUGUCAGGCUUGAACAGUAGGAAGCUGGACCUUUACUUCACUCUUACAGGUUGCAGUCAGGGAUUAAUCUGAGUAUUUGAAUGCACUGUUUAGCUUUUUGUUGGCUCAUGCUCCAGGGCUUGACACUAACUUCUUUGAAAAUGUUCAAAAUUUGCCUUUAAAUUAAACACAGAAAUUUUUAGAGGACAAAUUAGGGAAAUAAAGAGGUGUGUCUUAAGUUCAACAUUUAGUAUUAUUAUUUGAACUCAAUUUUAGGUCAGUUGGUCACGUGACAUGGAAGCUAUUGAAGGAAAACAGCCUUUUUUUGAGAACAUCAACCGGUAAUUUAUUGACGGUCCCUCAUUUAACAAGUAGAUUUGACCACGCUGCUGUUGCUAUUCCCCGGUUUGGAGAGUGAAUAUAAUAUAAUAAUAUAGAUAAAUAAAUAAAUACAUUUUACAAUUCGCACACAUCUAUUUUUAGUCACAAAUGCAAGAUGAAAUGGUUGCGCUGUCAAGCCCUGUGCUCAGUCAGAGGUUAACCUCUUGGAUCUCAUCUGCUGUAAAGUUUGUCAGCUCUGUUUUUAUAUUAUAAAUUGCAAAAUUCAGACUUAACUUGGUUUUUUAAUCACCUGGCUCUGCAGGUGCACAGUUUGACCUCAGUUGGUGCAUGCUCUGUCAGAAGUCUACCUCUGCCUGCAGUUUUAAUGUCUUGUUUUGAUAUGCGGACCAAUCAAACGCUGAAUCUGUUUAUACAUAACAUAUGUGACCAAAUUUGACGGAACUUUUCCUGUCUCACUCGUAAAAACUUUAACGUAACUUCAGGUUUUUGUCUCGUCUUUUUUCCUGCAGCCUGCGACUACCUUGGGGAGAGGAUGGCCUCGUUGUUUGGGAUAACAUCAGCAAAAUAUCAAUACGCUAUUGAUGAAUACUACAGGAUGAAGAAAGAGGUAUGUUUUAUCCUAUUUAAUCAGGUUUCUUUGAUGCUUUAUGUAUUUAUGAGCGGUCAUUUCUUCUGGUGCCAGAGGGAAGAAGAAAAAGAGGAAACUCGCUUAUCAGAAGAAGCGGAACAGUCCUUUAACAAUCUACAGCCUCAGGAGGACGAAGACGAGCCAAUCACGGUGGCCGGGCUAGAGGAAUCCAACCCUCAGCCUGAUGUGACCUAUCAGAUCGAGGAUGAAAAUCAGGCACCGUCGAGCACCAUCACAGUCCCCGCUAUUGUCACGGCAACCUAACCGCACAGAGGAAACAGUCGUUUGUGUUUUAAUGUUUGUUUUUGUCGGUAAAAAGCAGGAACUUGUUUUACAGAGCGCCGUUUGGUUUGUGUACGACACAGCUGUAGUGGAGCAGAGCUGCUGCUGUUACUGAUGUUUGGCUUAAAGGGAUCUUUCGGUCGAUCCAGAUGAAGAAAAAGUUUGUGUAGCGAAUGUUAUAUGACGUGCCAAAAUUGUAAAAAAAGAAGAGAGAGUAGGGGAGGACAUGCGGCAAAGCUGAACGAAACUUUGUCACGUUUCAUGAGUUACUUUUCAAUCAUUAAAAUAAUCAAGAAUAAUUUUUAAAGAAAGAUAAUCGCUGCCCUCGUCGCAAAAUUUCCACCGACUGAUGCUUCAUCAGUUGCUGCAGCAGCCUGCCGAACAUGGUGGACUUAAAGGUUCAACGUUACACCCUGUGCCUCUCUGACGGACCUGACACUGUGCCUACAUCACCCGUACAAGCUCAGUCAGUCUCACAUCUGGACGGAGUUUAUUGUAUGUUUAUCGAAAAAGGGGGUCAAACACCCUUUGAUUCAUGAGGUCCAGUCAGGUUUUAUUCAAUAGAUGACGCCAACGCAAACAGCUGUCGUGUCCAGAUCUGGUCAAACCGGUGCAAUCUUGGUUCCCUUUGCCAUAUCCAAAAACUGGCCGUUUAAACACUCCUUUACUGAGUUUCUGUGUGUUUCUAUUAACGUGUGUGAAGCUUGUAUUGCACUUCCUGUGUGUCUGUGGAAGCACUGAGUAGAUUUAACAUCCGUCACGGUUUCACACGUCGACUGUUUUUGUUCGAUUCUGUAUCAAACGGGUUCAGUUGAAGAUUUCUUUUGAUCUGCUAAAGCGACAUGUACACCUUAAAUACUGGCAGGGAGCAUUGUUACACUAAGUCUGUAUAAAGAAAUGCAAACUUACAUUUUUAACUGUUUUUAGUACCAUUUUUGAUAUAUUUAUGUAUUUAUUUAACUGAACUAAGCACUUAAUUUAAGCGUUUUAUAUUGAUUUGUAAAUUAACACUGUUAAUAAAAUGAUAGUUAUGUCUGAUUUUUA